GCAAAGCAGUGCAACUGGCGCUGCCCGAACACCUCACCUGCCUGCACUUGCAGACGCUGCACUAGAUGAUUUAAUGACAUAUUUACAUUGACAGACCGGGUGUUCUCGGUGGCGGACUGUAAGACCGUCGCAUCGACGAGAACUCAGCAGCGUCGCACUUCUGCGACACCACACCACUUCUAUAGAAAUGAGUCGUGUACACAUAUUGCUGAUGCUGAUACUACACACAACGGGCAGCGCAGUGCGCGGCUUGCGUGUGUUGCAGCAGCAUGCGUCGACGCCAAUAGCACCCGUCCGCGCGGCGGGUUGCCCGCCCCCAGUCGCCUUCCUCCAAAAGACGCAUAAGGUGACUCAGCGGUUCCUGGACAGCGCCGUGUUAGCCAAACAGCAGGUGCAGGAGCGCUGCGGCGGGUACCACCGAGUGCUGUACUCGGUCCACGAGGACGUACGCAAUGCCAGCUCACCCAAAGCCCGUGCGGUGGCAUCGGAUUUACGGCGGCUACGGGCGGCACUGGGGGAGGACGGCGUGAUUACGUUCGGCAUCCACGAUUUCUCAACCACAUUUAACUUCGAUUGGGGCAAGUCCCCGCUGCGGGGAAGGUUUUCAUGGAACCACUGUGACGCACCAGAGCUCGUGUGGUUUGACCUCUUCAGUCGGGAUCUGGACCCGGCCAUCAAGCAUGUGUGGACGGCGGAGUACGACGUGGCUUGGACUGGCGACAUUGCGGGCGUGUUUGGGACCUUCCCUGAGCGGCCCGACUUCGUUUGCAGCACGAACCACAAGAAGGGCAUGUCGGUUAAGCCCGGCUGGGCGAACCACAAACUGCGAACCUGGCUGCAGGACAACGAGGUGAAGCAGUGCUUCAUCAUGCUGGCGCGUUACAGCCUGCGCUACAUGCGCGUGUUCUGGGAGGAGACACGCAUGGGACACCUCCAGUUUUGCGAGGUCUCCGGGGCAGCCAUCUGCAACAGACACCAUCUUUGGUGCCAGAUCCACACGUUCAACUCAAGCAGUGACAUAGUGGGGAGGGACGCCAAUGGCACGUCCAUGUACCAGUACAACAAGCACAUCAGUGAGGAGGAGUGGGGGCAGCUGGCUGCGGGGAACGCAGUACUUGCGCAAGAGACGCCGCCCCCAGCAGACGACCCGCAGCAAGCAGGGGAAGCAGCAUCGGAAGAGGCCGCAUCGGGACAGGUGGUGGAAGAAACUGGUAGGCGAGUUACUAGGGCGGGGGACUCGGCGGUUAGUCGGGGGGUGAUGGCCUCAGCGCCGGGCCACAUAUUCCACGCGGUCAAAUGGUAGAGCUUUGAGCGAGCAUGCAUCGUGGUGGGGGCUGGGCGCGGUAUCCGUGUGCACGUGCCGGUUGUCGUGACACACACGUACCUGCAUGUCGGCUUGCAUGGCGGGUAUACGAAUGUGGGCUUUCCAUUUGGUGGCUGCACUGCGUAAAGUGCACCCGUGUUUUCAUGGGCCGUGAGCUCCUGAAUGCGCCGUCUUUAUUCAAGCUAGGUGUUUUUGCCUUUCCGGCACGGUGGUGCAUUGCCAUCAAAUGCGGUGUACGUAGAUAGUGACAUGUGCUGGGAUUGGAACGGGCGCGACCGGGCGGCCCGUGCAAUUCAUUGAAGGAGUGAGUGCAGACGGCAACGAUGCCGCAGCGUGGGUAUGCUCAAGACUUUGCACACACGUGGUGGUGAUAUGGGAUUCACGACCCGAUUACUGAUUCAUGAACCCAAACCCGUUUGUUGAUGACUGGUGGGCAUUGUUGGCGGAUACUUAGAAGGGAUGUGACCAAGACACCUACUGUACUGACCUACCAUGGGUUUACCGAGUACUGCAGGGUGCACUCGUGGGGUGCACUCCUGUUUUGCGCCAUUCCUCGAGGGGGAUGCAACUUUUGACGCGUGAUGUACUGCUGUAUAUAUGGGCUUGUGGCCGAGUGGGUGGAUGUAUAAGCAGCGGGGGUGCUUGGCCGGGAUGAGUUGUUUGUCUAAAGGGGGGUUGCGUGAGCCCAUAACUUGUCGGGG